AUAUAAGCAUUCUUAAAUAAAGUGAUUUAUAAUAAUAAACAAAUAAAUAAACAAAUAAACAAAUAAAUAAAUCAUUGUUAUUUGGUGUUUGACCUUAAAAUUAACAGCCUGGUAAUUUAAUUUCUGUAAGAGUGUGUUAUUCAUGUAAAAUGCAAAUGAUAGUAUAUAAUUAGUCCAAAAGUCAUUACAUCUGGAACUAUGUGACAUUUUUAAGUACAUCACAUUAAGUUUUGGGAAGCACUUAUGGAUUAAAAGUUUGACAGAAGCUAGCUAGUUUGACUUUACUAAGACAAAACAUGAUUAUACCAACUGUAAACCUGGAGUGUUCUGGCCAGUUUGCAUUCGAAGGUAUCUCAAAGGAGGACAAUUUCUUUCGAAUAAACUCACAAGAUGAAAUUAAAAUGUUUUCCUCAAAAAAGUUUCAAUAUCAGCUAUUAAUUGCAUUUUUUGUCACGUUUUUUGUGCCACCCUUAUCAAGCACGGUCCAUAUCCAGACUACAGUGUUUCUUUAAAUUGAAGGACUAUGUAAAAAUUGCAUAUGCCAAUGGGCAGCUUAUUAGCUUGUUUAGAAAAUUAAACAGAAUAUUUACUUAUACUAAUACAUUUUCUUUGGGUAAAACUCAUGUCUCUGUAUGUACAAAAAAGAGAGACAGAGAGCCAUACAAUAUAUUACUGAACAAAAAUAUGUUCGUAUCAUAAUAUUCAUGACAGGGUCACAAUAUCUAGUGUUUUAAAAUAAACAUAUUAUAAUUCAAUAUGAACAAGAGAGCACUUUAUAGAGAUGAGAAAAUAUUAGCUCAGCAAACAGAGCGCUGCCACCCCCCCUCUUCCAAAAAUUCCAAAUCUCCCAGCCUGUUGGCUGUUCUGCAGAAGUUUGUUCUGGUCUCUCCAUGUGAAAGGAUAAACUGCAGUGAGAAAUCUGUACCUGACCUGAAAAUGGAGAAAUCAAACCGCCUCCUUUUGCUCAUUCUUUCCUUUGGAUAUCUGUUUCACCCGGUAAAUGCUGUUUUUAUGGAGAAGCUGGCCGACCGGAAAAUAUGUGCAGACGAGCACUGCUCAUACGUCAUCUCAGCAGCACAAGCUCUUGAGGACUACAUUGCUUCCGACUGUCGAUUCAUCAACCUGAAGAAAGGCCAAAUGAUAUAUGUUUAUUCUAAACUACAACCAGUAGAUGGUGCCGGAGUCUUCUGGUCUGGGAGUGUUUAUGGUGAGCGCUAUGUGGACCAAAUGGGUAUCAUUGGCUACUUCCCCAGUAAUCAUGUUAAUGAGACACAGAUUUUCAUGAAGAAAACCGCUGAGUUGGCCACAACAGAAAUGGACUUCUUCUGCAUUUAAAAAGGAGAGAUGGCGUUUGGUAAAAUGCCGGACCCUGAUUUCUUUCCAUGUACUAAUUUCUUGCAUGCAUCAUACUGGCUCAUUAAUUCCCUCCCCCCCAAAAACAACAACAACAACAACAACAACAAACAAACAAAAAAACCCCCAAAUAUAUUAUAUACUUUUCUUUUCUUCAAAAUGUAAUCAAAAGCUUAUUAAACUAUGAGAUGUGUAGCAUUACCUGCAGUAUUAUACAUUAAACAACACU